AUGAAUUUUAAGAAUGCUUAUGACUAUUUACUUAAUUUUCAAUCUCAAACUAGUCGAAACACAUCAAGAAUUUAGAGUAGUGAGGAUAGUUAAUUUUUAUCUGGCUAAAAGUCUUGCCAAAAGAAUAGUGAAUAAAAAUAUAGAGUUGACAAUUCUAAGUAGAGCAGUAGAAACUUAUUUGAAUCUAAGAGUGAAGUUAAAAUUAAUCUUGGGGAAAAUCCAUUUGAUUUAGCUUCAUCAAUAAAUUACUAAAAUUUAUAGUAAUCAAAGCAAAAUUAUAUCAAUUAACAAGGAUUAUAAUUAUUGUAAGAAUCAAAUAGAAUGGAUGAUUAAUAUGAAAUUAAAAUAAGAACUAAUGGGCCUGUAAAAGAGGAUAUCAUGAGCUUCUUAUAACUAUUAGGACAAGUAGAAAUCCGCAAAAUUGAAAAUACCUAGGACAGAGAUUUUAAUUACAGACAGACCAAAAGUUUUCAUCAAUAACAUUGA